AUGCUCUCGACGGUGGCGCCCGUCGACCGAACUAAAACGAAGGACUCGUCAAAGUUGAUCGCGAGUCGAGGAGCUGGGAGAUUGAGAGACACAGGGUUUGGAGUUUUUGUGAGGAGUUCAUCGCUUUUUCAGCCGGUUCUCGGGCUGCCCAGAGUUGUAACAGGUGGCAAGUGCAUUAGCCAUCUGCAUCCUCCACCGGAGGUCGCACAGGACGCGGUCGCUCGAUCCUUCCCGUGAAUCUCCCAACUCAUCUCUGAAAGUAGUGGAGAGUGGCCAUGGCCCGGGUCAGCCCGGGUUUAGUAGGAAUCCGCCGCUCCCUCCUACUCCUUCCGAUCGCGCCUGAUCGCGCCUGAUCGCGCCUCUCGACGUAUUGUCUAACGUCGAGGGCAGCACCUUCGGUACCCGUAGUUUUCUACAUAUAUGUUACACGUGUAAUACGUCCCUAGUUUCUCACGCGAACGUAUAGUACGUUACGCCCUUUUAUUUCUAGAUAGAAAGCAACAAAUCGAAUUAGAAAUUUAAUAUUAAACAGGUUUAAGUCGAAAGAAUUUUCAAUGCCAGCGCCAAAUUAAGUAUUCCUUCAAAAUUGUUACGUAUAUAUAUAUGAUGUGUACCAAAAGCGUUUAUAACCUAGCGGAAGUCGUGUAUUGUACAUCUGGGACAUUCUUCAUAUUGGAAACGUAAUUUAUUGCUUCUCUACAAUUUUCUACGGUAAACUACUUAGUUUAUGUACACUAUACGUCAACAAUCUCGAGAAUCGCGAAAUUGCUCAACCCUGCUUUCAGUGAUUUGAUUAUUAAAGGAGAAUAGUUAAGAGUUCCCCGUCUAAAAGUUUUGUUUUCUACGGAGAAGCAACUGGAGGCGACGUUCAGUUUUUCUGACCUAGUCGCGCCAUGUGCUACUGCUGCAGUUGUUAGGUGUUACAAGUUUGCCUUCGAGAGAAGCAGUGGAUGGGUCUUACGAAUGUGGGCUGAUAGUGGAGAAUUUGAUGACGGCAAUGAGAGUCGUAACGAUCUGGAAGCAAGGUUGUAUGCCGAAAUAUAUUAUUCGUCGGUAACAUGCGAUGAAAAAGAAGUCACUGGAAAUUACGUUCCAGUGACGUUUGCUAAAAAUCCUACUUUGGGGGAUGUUACCAAAUGUCCCCUUCCAACAGUGGCUAUUGAAAAACCUAUAUUCAAUAAUGAAUGCUCCGUUGAAUUGCCUAUUAGUGCUAGAUUAAAAUGUAAACCUUUGAUUAAAGAUAGCGUAUUACCUCCUGUCACGGAACCGCAGGUACAGUCUAGAAAAAACAUUAGGACUGGAGAAUCGAUUAAAAAAAAAAAUCAGAAUUUAAAUAUCAAAUGGCAAACCAAAUCGUCAGGAAGGAAAGUAAACCUAACGUUUGGUACGAAUACGAGCGAAGCUCGAAAUAAUACUACAUUGCCUGCUACAAAGUCUGUUGCAUGUAAAACUUACACCGAUAAUCUAACUGCAUUUAAAAAGCCUUCAUCUACGAGACAAUGUCAUAGUAUUAAAACGGUGGAUUUGGAAAAACAAUCAAAUAAGACAGUUUCAAGAAAGAAAAUAAGCACCUCAAGAUCUAAAGAAGUAAAGUCUAAGGGAAUGCUAAAAGAUUUGAAAUCUUGGAAAAGUUGUGAACAUGAUAACAUACUUAUUAAUUCAAUAAGUACCUCCUCAUAUUCUUCGAGCAAGCACUCUAUGCACGUAAAAAUGGGAGACUAUGAAAAUGUUGAUUUUAAUCAAUCAGAUUCCGAGGAUUCUAUUAUAGAAGUACCAGUGCCACCUAAACCACAACCUCCUCUAAUCGAUAUCAAUGAUUCCGAUAAUGACUUAGGCAGUGACUCCGAUAAUAAAAGUUAUAGUAAUUCCAACAAAUCAGGGGAAAAAGGUCAAACCUCAGGCUUAUUGAAAACUAUACCUUAUUCUUAUGAGCUGUCGUCGGGCUCUGACAGUUCCAGUGAAUCUUCUUGUUCAUCGGAAAAUUCUGAAUUUGCGUUAUCUGAUAAAUGUGACUCUCGAGCAGCGAUUACCAAAGGAGAUACUUCGGACAGUACUUCCGACGAUGGAAUAAUAGUAUGUUCAGAGAAAGCUAUAAAUCUUGAAGUGUCAUCCUAUUCAGGAAGCACCAAUGACAAGGAGCACGGGGCCCAAGAUCUAAUAUUGAACUGCACAGAAGUUCAGAAAAGUGCUUUUAACUUGAAUGAAAUAAGAGAACUCGGUAAAGAGGUUACAUUCAGGCAAAGAUACAUAGAUGACACUAUUAUAGAAAAUUAUGGACCAGGCGAAGCUGGAGCAAAAAGUAAUUUGAAUGCAUGGAACGACAGUUGGUGUAUCGGUAUGGAAACUUCUCAGAAGCAAAGUGAGAAUCUUAAGACUUCAAGGAGCAGAAAACAGGAGAAAACUGAAAAAUCACAUGACGAGGUUCCUGCGAACUUAAACCCUGAUCGCGCAUCAAAUGAAGUUAGUCAUAAUUCUCUUACAGAAAAUAUAGAGUAUGACGAAGCAGCACAAACGGAUACACCGAGAGUAAUCGAUGUUAUUCAACAUAUCGAGGAGGCUUUUACAUCCAACGAAGACUCGCAGGGAAGGAAGAAAAGAUUAAGACCUGAAUCAUUAAGUGCCCAUGAAAACAGUAACAAGCAGGCAAGAUACAUCGACGACGAAGCAACAAAUGUGUCUCUCUGUGCGGCAAGAAACAAACAGGAGACAUUGGUUUCAAAAUGUAUUACAAAUGACAAGCCUGUAAGAUAUAACUUAUUGCGACGGUAUUCCAACAAAGCGUCAAGUAGAAAAGAAUUUUACGAUAAUUCUUGGGGUGGGGAAGAUUUUGACGUUGAAAAACUUCGGCAGAACAUGUCAAAGGAUCCAAAAAUGUGGGUAAUUCUGGAUGAUGAUCUCGUUAGAUCCUCUAGAAAAGGAAGAUACUGGGAUAUGCCGAACCGUUCACGUAUUUACCAUCAGGAAAGCAUUGGCGACAGAAUACAUAAAGCUAUUCUAUGUCGCAUAUGCGGUAAUACGGGCCACGAAGCCCCCCGCUGUCCACAAAAGAUGUGUUUGACAUGCGGCAGAAAGCAGAAAUCCUUUACCGCAACCUGUUACUCGUGUCGGGCGUAUGUAUGCACCAUGUGCAAUUCGAAAGGUCAUAAAGUCACUGGAUGUCCCGAUCUCUGGAGGAGAUAUCAUCAGACGACGAAACCCUCGGAGCUAAAUGUACCGACGAACUUAAUGAUGGUGAUGAAACCGACCGAUCUCCUCAGUUGUUGCAACUGUGCACAGAAUGGUCACGAAUCCACGGCGUGCUUCAAAUAUCGGUGGUCGCAGCAUUUUCAAACCCCCACCGCAGUGACAAACUAUACCGACGGUCCGAAUUACGAAGAGUCCUCUGCCGUUAGCGUAGGAUUAGACAGUAGUUGUGCUCAUCCACCACCGCCUGCCGAUACUACAAAUGUAGAGGGUCUACGAUUGCCAGAAAGUCAAGGCAGUGGUACCGUGGACGACGCGUCGGCGGCAAGAUCUUCCAAUACUACGGCUGUUCCGAAAAAGCCCGCAAAGACGAGGGAGGCUAACGUAAUUUACCAGUGCGGGAUUUGUUCCGCGUUGCCGAAAGAGUGCAAGGCGUUCAAUUUGACCCAUUUCGCUUCGAGUGGAUUCUUCGAAGGGCGCAUCGUACCGACGUUCUUAGAGGAUCUUAAGGACGUGUUUCCCUUCGAGGUUAAGAUAACGCGGUGCAGAAAGAUUGCGAAACAAAAGGUAAAUAUCUAUGCAAAGACUCUGAAGCCAUGUCGUAAACACUUGAGGAAGCUGUUGCGUAUGUGGUUGGCGCUAGAUGACGAAGAUAAGGAUUGCUUCGCUUUUAAGGAUUUGCCAAAAGAUAGACUGCUUUUGAUUAAGUUUCUUAGAGAUGAAAUAAAGAAAUUAUAUCUGAACUUUGGUGAUGCUCGUGAGAUCAUGAAGCGGAUCAGAGAUACGCAAAAACAAAUGCAGGGUAACAAACAUACGGAUAAUUCUCGAAAGAAAGUGGCAAGCAACCUGAAGGAACUUAAAUCUAAGCUGCUUCUGACCUUAUACGGGAGUCCCCUUGUGCCACAGGGCCGUGGGUAUAUCGCCCGAUUUCGAAAAUCGGUGCAGGUUUUACAACGAUCGCAAGAACAACUGGUCUCUGCUCAAAGCUAUCUGAGCAUAGUAUUGCUCUACAUCAAAGUAUUCUCGCCUCAUCUUCCAUCCAAUGUACUUAGGAUGAUGGCAUUCUACUCCACGGAAGAUAAGUGUCAGAGUAAAGGAGAAAAAGCGCAAAGGAAAAUGUCGACGAGACGGAAUGAAUCACAACUGGUGUCAAAGAAACGAGAAAAUUCAAGAUACUCUUCAAACGGCCACGGCGUUUCCAUGUUCUCUGGUAUCGAUUCUGUACGUCCAAUUGUCGAAAAACCUCGAUCAACCUUGAAUUCCCAUGGUUCCGUGUCACCUGACGUCGGAAAUCUUGAAUCGGAUCACGUGAACAUGCCGAACAAUGUACGUCUAUCCGAAAUGCAUCCUUCUACUAGUUUGUCAGCGGUGACUCUUGAUGAUAACGAUUACGAUGUGAAUGAUUUCUAUCAACGUGCUCGGACCGAUGAAUAUUUUCACCGGGAAACUGAACCCGGUGAAUUGGAAAAUCAUAUCGACAAAAAUGACUUUUCUCUCGUUGGUACCCAUCACGAGCCAUCUUUGUCCGAUCGGGGUCACUUUUUCUUUAACUUUCCAAAAGAUGUCGCGAGUGGUGAUAGCAGGCUUUGGGAUCGUCGGCUAAACUUUGCUUCCGACGCAAGCUUUACCGAAGACUGGUCUCCCGUAGAAGAAACGAACAAUCGUCAAUCGCAAAUCGAGGCUACGCGUUACAACAACGACAAUCAACAGACUCGGCCGUACACGAGUAAUAUGUCGGUGAGAAGAAAGAGAAGUUUCUGCGAAAAUUCACACUUGCGGAAAGCCAAUGCCGAAACGAACAGAUGCAAAUCACGGGAAAAUGUGCCCAAUGAUUUACAGAAGCAAGCAGAAAGUCUGAUCGAAGAAGCAUUUAGUCUUCGUUUACCUCAUCUGCAUAAAGCGGCUGUGUUGGUACAAAAAAGACUAUACUCUGACUCUCUGACGAUUAAGCAAAUUAAACAUCUCGGCAAGCUGGUCGAGAAAUAUGGAGGAACGAAAUGGUUCAAUUGAAUAAGACGACAGUUCCGUGUCCACGAACAAUUGCUCCAUUAUAGACUAUAUCUCGUCGAUCGAGGGAAGUGUAUAUAAAACCUAUUAAUAUACAGUUGUAAUUAA